AUGGCGAACAACACGUUACAUAAGCUGUCACCUGCGGUGGUACUGCUCCUACUACAAAGCUUAGGAUGCGCAGCGCACCUUUCGUACCACCAUGCCCACUUGGACCAUUGUCACCACGGGUACCGACCGCCCGCGCUCACCUGCUUUCGAACGGUAAUACAACCCACCGUCACGGAAACGGUUCCGGUAACCGACUUUGCCACCGUCACAAAUACCGCCUGUACGUACGCCCUCGUCACACCCAACCCUGUGCUGCUCACCGACAUGUCCACCCGCACGCUAUCGACCACGGUUGCCACCGUCACACCGAGCACGAUCGUUACCAGCACCGCGACGAACACGGUCAUCUCAACACCGCCGCUAGUAUCAACGACGAUCAGUACCACCAGCACCAUCCUUGUGUCGUCCACCAUCGUGGUGCGGACCACGAUCACUACCACCUCGACAAUGAUCCACAAAGAUCCUGGUGUUGGUGCUGGUGAAAUGUCACCUACGCGUGUGAAGAUACGCCAACUGUUGCCAAUGCUUUGUCUGAUGGCAUUAUGCCAUGCAGAAAUCCCGGUCUUCGAAAUUGGUUCAUUCGCAGCGGAUACCGACACUAAGGUUGCACCGAGUCAGAAACAGCUCCAAUCUGGUGGAUAUGUUGUAGAGAAGCCCACGGAACAACUGCCAGAACCCUCCAACCAGUGUCAGGGUGGACCGGACGAGUGUGGUUACGUGUACGAACCACCCAAAUGUCCAUGGGAGGAUGGUCAAGCCCAAACGACCACGGAAACGACAACCGAAAUCCGUACGGAAACACGCGUCCAGACGGAAACGGCUACCGUAACCGAAACCAUUCCAACCACCGUCACGACCACGCUCACCAGUGCCACUCCGUUCUGUGGGGCGACCAACGCCUACCUGCCACCGGAUACGACCACUACCCUGCCACCGGACACUAGGACGGUCACUGUAACGCAGCCACCGGUAACGACCACCAAAACACUGCCACCGACAACGACCACAAUCACCUCGCGCGGGACCCCAUUCACGACGGAGCGUACCAUCACACCGACCACCACGAUCGUCAUCAGCCAAACGCCUUUUGUGACGGCGACGCGUACCGUAACGCCUACCUCGACCAACAUUAUCACUGCCAGCAGCGUUUCGAUUACGCGCACGAUCACACCGACAUCGACGUACAUCUCGUACAUGCCUUCGACGACGAUCACGCGUACCGUAACGCCGACGUCCACUAAUCUGUACUACGCCGACUCGGUCACCGUCAACCGCACGGUGACACCGACGUCGACCAACGUCUUCUAUUUACCCUCGACAACGGUCAACCGCACCGUAACGCCUACCUCUACGAAUGUGUUCUACGCGGACUCGGUCACCGUUAACCGUACCGUAACGCCUACCAGUACCAAUGUGUUCUAUCUGCCAUCGACGACGGUCAAUCGUACCGUGACGCCUACCUCGACCAAUGUGUUCUACGUUGCCUCGGUAACGGUGAACCGUACCGUAACGCCUACGUCUACUAGACUUUUCUAUCUCGACUCGGUCACCGUGGAUAGGACUGUUGUGCCGACAUCAACCGUUGUCAUUACGCUCGACACGACACGCACACAGACUCGCACGGUAACGCCAACCUACGUCGUGCAGCAAACGGCCGAUACAGCUACCGUUACUAGAACUCUUACGCCAUCGUUCGUCGUUACGGAAAGCGUACCUACGGUAACGCUUACUCGCACGUUCACUCCAUCCAGCGUGCUCACGACGACGGCUUCCACGACGAACGUGAUCACUCGCACGGUAACGCCGCAGGCAACGAGCACCACCACCGUUACGGCUCCUGUUCGUACGAUCACGCAGACAGCUUCCACUACCGUCACCGUAACGCCCAAGCUUUCGGUAACGCCCACCAUCUACUCGACCGUUACACUGCCACCGGUUAUUAAGACCGUCUGCGAGCCGGCCCGCACCUAUCUGCCCGAUCCAGGCGUUACGACCAUCACCCGCACCCAGACGGAAACGAAAACGGAAGUAUCGACGACCACCGUUAUCGCCUGCACGCCUACCAACGCGUACCUUCCGGUUAGGGAAACUGUAGCCGCCAACCAGCUGUCACCAGCGUUUGCCCGUGUGCCGAAUCUGCACCGUGAAGUGCUACCGCCGCCGGACGAUGAACGCCAAAAUUUGAUCUGGAACGCUUAA